AGAAAGGAAAAGAUAGAGGUCACCCUACCCCUAAAAAAAGAGGGUAACUGCUCCUCGACGAUUCAAUCUCUUUCAAUUCGAUCUCCCCCCAAAAACCCUACCAUUACUUCUCACUCUCCCGCGCGCGUCUUCAAUUGUUCUUCCAAAACCACCGCCUCUGGCCAUCGAGCGUUUAAGAUCCUGUAACAAUCGAGUGUCUUCUUCCAAAACCCUUGAUGUCACAUGCAAACUUGGGAGAGGGAAACGUGGGCCUGCGACUUUCUCAAAGAAAGACUGUGACUAUACCAUUGAGUUUAACCAUGAUAAUCAACCGAUUGGCAAGAAUGCGACUGAUUAUACUUCAUGGUUAGGAGUGAAGAUGAAAGCCGAAUUUUCUUACCAUAUUCCGCAAGAUAAAUUUGAAGAACAUAAAUGGGAACAUUUAUGGAAGGAUAUUCAGGAACUAUGGAAAGUUAAUAGCAUUGCGCCCAAAGAAGCGGCACUUAAAAAUGCAAAAAAGCGUCAUACAAAUUGGCGAAGUUAUCUUACAACAAACUAUGUAAGGAUGAAUAAAACUCCUUUCAAGUCAUAUAAGAGUCUCCAACCACAACAUUGGGAAAACUUCGUUGCCCAACGGAGUAGCAAGGAAUUUAUGAAAAAAAAGUGAAAAAGCGACAAGAAGUGCCAAGAAGAAUGUAUUCCAUACUUGCUUAGGACGUUCCGGGUAUGCGGCUUUGGAGCCUCUCAUUCCGCUCAUAUGGUCCCAACUUGUGCCGGUGUAUAAACACCUCAAAACUAUUCAAGAUUGGCGCUCUAAAAGGUGGAUUUCGGCUAGAGCAAAACAAAACAAGAAAACUAAGAAGUAUGAACUUGCAAAAGAUGCGCAAAUAGAGCCUAUUAAACUAUCCGAAUACGAAAUAGAAAUGAAGGCAGAUGGCAGUUAUUUUUCCGGGGUGGAGGAUCCACUAAGUAGGCUACUUGGACCGGAACAUGGAGGGCGAUUACGUACAGUUUCUAAUAUUAUAGGACGCACAAAGGCUAAGGGAGGAUUAUUUCAAAGUGCUAGACAACAAAGUCAAACAGACGUGUCUACCACUCAAAGGUUAGGGGUGGGUUGCGAUUAUAGAGGGGUGGACUCAAGCCCUAGUAUCCGUGGCACGAGUGAUGUUGGUGGAUCCCAUAUUCAUUAUCCACCUAUAGAGGAGCUUGCUGAAUGUGAAUUGUUAUUCCCGGGAAAAAGUAGUCGGUUCAGGGCUUGUGUAUCCUACUAUGGAUAGGUUAUUAGAUGAGGUUCAAAUGGAGGAUGGCUAUGUGAAAGUCAAAGUAGAUAUCAUCGAUCCAAAAUUCGAGAACAGUCCUCUCCCUCCAGUUUCAAGUUAUGACGAGGUUGCAGAUUUAGGUGAUGCUCGUGGUAAAUAUGUUCAAUGGCCACGUUUUGCAAUAAAGCUUUUGAACAUAGAGACAACUCCCCAAAACCAAGACUUGACACAACAAUUGGAGGACGUCACAUGUUAUGAGCCACAGUUUGAGCAACCUGAUGAACUAAAUCAAACUCAACAUUAUCAUAUUGAUCCGACUACUAUAGAAAAUUUUGAUGACGAGUUUAUUUCUGGCGCAUUUUUUCCCGAUCAACAUGAUGUACACAUGUCGGAACGACUCAAUGCGAUGUUCGAUGAAGAACCUCCCACUCCAAAGUUGUCAACUGAACAAAAAAUACAAAAUGCCUUGUUGAAGAUAGAAAAUGAGCGGCCUGAAAAAAUUAGGUUAUGGGCUGAACGAUUAAAGGAUCUCUUUAAUGGAAAGAUGAGCAUUGAGAUUAAUGUGCCUAAGGAGAUGUACCCCAAGACUUCUUUUGAUAUCGAAGUUGAAUCCAUCGAAUAUGAGGGGAUGUUACAGUUUUUGGAGAACGGGUUGCUUGAGGCUAGCUUUUUACAUUGGUGUCAAAUAUAUUUGCAUAAUGCAGUAUUUUAUAAAUUAGCUCCAGAAGACCCUAAAGUUGCCUACUUCAAUAUCCACAAAAUAACUGGAAAAGAGUGCGAGGAAAAUUUUGCAAGUGUAAAAGAACACUUGUUAGGUGUCUACAAACUUAAAAAGGGCACAAAAUAUUUUCUUGCACCCUUUUUUUAUAGGGCCCAUUGGGUUUUGUUUAUCGUUUCUCCCAAGGAACGAAGUGUUUGGAUUUUGGAUACGAUUUCGGUUAAGGCCAAGAAGGAUAAAGAUGAUUAUCCUCUUUCGAGAGCAAUAGAAUCUUCUUUUGGAAGUGGACUUACAUGGACCAUGGUCCAAUGUAAGCAACAAGAUGGGUCUUGGGAGAGUGGGUUCAUGGUGAUUUGGUUUAUGGUCCAGUUUGUUUAAAGAAGCGAUUUCGUUUUCCAAACAAUAUUUGGACCGAGACAACAAGCGUAACACAAGAGGAAAUCGACAUGUUGCUUGAAAACAUCAUGACGCGGUUUUUUAAGAGUAAGAGUGUAGGUUGGUUGAAUGCACCAUGAUGGGUUUUGGAAGAUGGGUUAGGUUAGUGUAGUUAUUUGAACAACUUUGGAAGUUAUUAUGUUUAGAACAACUUUUGUAAACUUUGGAAGUUAUUAUGUAAUCUAUGAUGUUUGCUGA